AGAGAGAGGGAGAGAGACAGAAAGACAGAGAGAGAGAGGGACGGAAGCGGGAGGACAGAGACAGAGAGACUCACCGGAGGGGGAGCCGCCGGCCCGGGUUCUCUCUCUGCCGACACCGGACCGAGCCACGUCGGUUCUGAGCACCGGAGGACCAGGAGGAGGGGAGGGAGAGUGAGUCCGCUACAGAGGAGGAUGUUCGAGGACCUGGUGGGAGCCUUCUGCGCUGUGGAACCUCGAGGGUCUCCAGAGGACGGGCCGGGUCAGAGCGGACGACUCCUGGAGGACGACGAGGGGACGGAGUCCAGCUUGAGCGUGGGUCAGUUCGUGCUCUGCCACUGGUCGGAUGGACUCUACUACGUGGGGAAGAUACAGAGGGUGAGCCCCCACAGGCAGAGCUGCUUCGUCAUGUUUGAGGACAACUCCAAGUUCUGGGUGCUGUACAAGGACAUCCAACACGCUGGCGUACCGGGGGAGGAGCCUCACUGCUCUGUGUGCCAAGGGGCGGAGCCAAACUCUGACAGCCAACCAAUGCAGACCAACGACAUCCUGAUCUGUGGGAAGUGUGGCAUUGAAAGGCGGGGCUUUGAAGAAAGGACCAAUAGCCAAAGCUCUGUGGGCCAUGAAGCAGGUCCUGCCGUACGGCCUGUCCUCUCUGAACUGGGACUCUCAGCACCGGACCAAUCAGCAGCAGUGUUACUGUUACUGCGGCGGCCCCGGAGAGUGGUACCUGAAGAUGCUGCAGUGUUUCAGGUGUCAGCAGUGGUUCCACGAGGCAUGCACUCAGUGUCUGCAGGACCCCAUGAUGUUCGGGGACAGGUUCUACAUGUUCCUGUGCGCCGUGUGCAACAAAGGGUCAGAGUACGUCCGCCGCCUCCCUCUCAGGUGGGUCGACGUGGUCCACCUGGUUCUGUACAACCUGUCCAUCAGCAGCAAGAAGAAAUACUUUGAGCUGGACGAGAUCCUGGCCUUCGUCUCUGCAAACUGGGACCAGUUACAGCUCGGAAAGCUGUCCAACACUCCUCCUGCAGAGAGGGGGCAGCACCUGCUGGACGCGCUCAACAAAUACAAGAGCAAAUUUCUGUGUGGAAAAGAGAUUAAGAAGAGGAAAUGCAUUUUUUGUCUGAGGACACGGGUUCCACCCAACCCCCCCAAUAAGCUGUUUCCAGAUCGUGCUCAGAAUGAUAGGGGGCGGAGCCACAAGAAGAGCUCUGACAGCGUUCCAGCUGAGAGGAAGAAGAGGAAAUCAAAGUGGCUUCUUGAAGACGCCAUUCCUAACAACAAGCUGACCUGCAGCUUGACCUCCAACCACCACAUGGCCAACAUCUUUGACUUCACCCUGGACGAACUGCAGAGCCUGAAGAGUAAGUCCAGCAGAACCGUCAGCAUCGAUCAGGACUCCACAGACGCCUCCACCUCCGGUUCUGCUUCCACCAGCGGCUCUUACCACUUCAGGAGGAGGGUGGGCAGCAGGAAGAGGAAGUUACCAAGCAACAGCUACAGCCAGUGGGCCAGUCGCAGCGAGGCAGGAGAGGAGCCGCCCGAGAUCGACCCUGCAGCUGCAGGCCACGCCCACCUAAACACAGAGGCCUCCUGCUUCCUGUCAGACUCCUCCCACAUCCCCUCAGACUCCUCCCACCGCCACUCCUCCAUCUCCUCGUUGUUCGGAGUGGCGGGCAGACUGACCAACGGGGAGAGAUACCAGGUGCUGGCCCGCCGCGUCACUCGUCAGGGGACGGUCCAGUACCUACUGGAGUGGGAGAG